AUGACGGACUCGCACGUCGUCUUGCUACUGAAGACGACUCUCAUCUCUAUCGCACAAGUCUUUCUCGUCGCUGUAUCUGGCUUCUUUCUCGCGCGCGCUGGCUUGCUACCGCGCAACAUCCAGCAAGCCCUGAACAGGCUGAACAUCUCGCUCUUCACGCCCUCUCUCAUCUUCGCGAAAGUCGCGUUCUCUCUCAGUCCAGAAAAAUUCAAGGAGCUAUGGAUCGUCCCGCUCUUCUUCAUCGCGCUGUCCAUCGUCUCGGCGGCUGUGGCGUUCGCGCUGGGCACCGUCUUCCGCCUUAGCCGCACCCAAAGAAACUUCGCCAUCGCCGCGUCCAUGUUCAUGAACUCCAACUCUCUACCCAUCGCGCUACUCCAGAGUCUAGUCUACGCGGUGCCUGGUCUAGCAUGGGGCGAGGACGACACGCACGCGCAAAUGCUCGGUCGCGCGCUGACGUAUCUCACACUCUGUUCAACGCUUGGCAUGGUGUUACGAUGGAGUGUCGGUGUUCGUCUAUUGGCCGCAGCGGACCCGACAGAGGACGCCGUCCCGCAGACGAAUGGGAACGGAUACCAUCGCAUCCCUGGUUAUCCGGAUGAGAGCACCGCGUUGCUAUCCGAUGCUGAGGAGGGAGACGACGAGCACCCCGCGGUACCCGCUAUCACCCUCGACCCAUCACCGCCCACAUUCGAGCGCCGGCCCACGGCCCACCGCGAACCCACUGCGCGCGCCUUCCGCUCUUUCCCCAAUACACCCGGUGGAAGCCGCGUGAAUCUCGCGCCUGACUCCCCUCCGUCGCCACUGCUGGCACCACCGUCUGAGCUCUCUGGAUCAGAUAACGAGGAUGAGGAUGCUCUCUCGUUCUCUACGCGGUCAUCUAGGCGGCCAAGCCUUGCGAGCAGGAUGUGGAGGGGCACGAAGAAAGCGUUCAGGGCGUUCAACGAUUUCAUGACUAUGCCGCUCUACGCGAGUAUAGUCAGUAUCAUCGUCGCGCUGUGGCCCGCACUGCAACACGCGCUCGACGUACACAUCACGCCUGUCAAAGGCGCCGUGGGCCAGCUCGGAAACUGCUCGAUCCCCAUCACGCUUGUCGUGCUUGGCGCGUACUUCUAUCGUGAGAAGCCAAAGGAGGACGAGGACGAUGUUGAGCCGAGAGGACGUGCACCAGUUCGGGCGGAGGGGGAGAGCUGGUGGAGGAGGAGCAAGAGCUUGUUCUCGUUGAGAUCGUUCGUAGGUGGGAAGGCUAGCAAGCGCUCGAGAGGCGAGGCGGCGCCGAGGGGAGAGGGAAGGACUGUCUUCGUGGCUAUCGCAAGCAGGAUGAUUGUCGUUCCCGCGCUUGUCUUGCCAUUCAUGGCGUGGGGCGCUAGUGUUGACCAGCCUCCGGUCUUUGAAGAUCCUGUCUUCAUCCUUUCGCUCGUGCUGUUACUUGGGUCUCCGCCUGCUCUUACCCUUUCCCAGAUGACGCACGCCGUAGGUGGCGAUGCCUUCGAACGUCUCAUCUCGCGUACGAUCUUCUGGUCGUACUGUAUCAUCACUCCGCCUGCGACUAUCGUUCUCGCGGUCAUCGCUAUGCUCAUUGAGAAACUCUAA